AGCAGGUCAUCUUUUCACGAACUGAUUUGUUAUAAAUUUCUCAAGUAAAGCAACAUUUUUUGGAGGAUCUUUUGACACAAAGUAAUAUAAAGGAUGUCAAACUUGGAACAAUUUGACUCUAAUUUUUACCAAUCUAAUUAUACCAUUGAUGAUCAAGAGGAGAGUUACAAUGGUUCUGAUGCCUAUGGAAAUCUUUAUGGGCCUGGAAACCCACAAACCAGCGAGCAGCCUCAGCCCGCCUUUGCCCCCCCGGAGACGCUCAAGUCAGCGGGGUACACUGGACAGUUUUUUCAACCAGCAUCCACCUCGGAUUAUUAUUCACAGUCUCCUUACAUCGACAGUUUUGACGAAGAGCCUCCUUUGCUAGAAGAACUUGGAAUUAAUUUUGAUCACAUCUGGCAAAAAACCUUGACAGUGUUAAACCCACUGAAGCCAGCAGAUGGCAGCAUUAUGAAUGAAACCGACUUAGCAGGGCCCAUCCUGUUCUGUGUCGCCCUGGGAGCCACCCUGCUUCUGGCAGGAAAAGUGCAGUUUGGUUACCUCUACGGCAUGAGUGCCAUCGGCUGCCUGGGGAUUUACAUCUUACUAAACUUGAUGAGCUCUUCUGGGGUGACCUAUGGCUGCGUGGCGAGUGUGCUGGGUUACUGCCUGCUGCCCAUGGUCAUCCUGUCCAGCUGUGCCGUCUUCUUUUCGCUGCAAGACACAAUUGGAACAGUAUUGGCACUGGUCAUCAUCAGCUGGUGUAGUCUCUCAGCUUCCAAAAUCUUCAUUUCGGCCUUGGACAUGGAGGGACAACAGCUUCUCAUUGCCUACCCGUGUGCCUUACUUUAUGGACUUUUUGCCCUCCUAACAGUUUUCUGAAGAGCAUUUGAGAUGGCAUUAUGAAAUUUUAUUUAUUUGCUGUUCAGAUUAUUUGGGAAAUCUAUUACCAUUCAAAUUUGGAGAUAUGAUUUCUGUUUUAUUGCUUUGAGAGAAUAAUAAGCAGAAAAAGUAUCACUUAAGGAUGAU